AUGGCCGCCCUUCCACAUCUGCGUGUGCGAGAUCGUAAGGAGUGGUGGUGGUCGCAAGAAUUCGUGACCACGGUGGAGGAUGUAGUGGGGGCCCGCAAAGACCGUAAUGCACUUGGACCUCAUCGUCUCCGCCCGUACGCAGCACUAGCCGACGAAGCUUUGCCCUUACUCCACACACAAAAGCAGGACCUGAUGGCGGAAUAUUUCUUGUCAUCGUUCACGUCAGUACAACGCACAUAUGAGGCGCCUCGGGCUUCGCUUAGAUACCGUCCAAUUGUUCGUCCUCUGUGCCUCCCAAUGACAGCACCAAGACCAUCCCCGCUCUUCAUGGCAUCAGCAAUACUUCACGUGAUGCAUCACUCAUGUCGCCGGAUUCGACUUCGGCUGAUAUUCGAGCGAGACUCCACGCGGACCAUCAAGGCACCAUCUGUGGGUGGACCGGCUCGUCGGGAUAUUGAGCCCGCAUACGCCCGUCAGAUUGAGGGUCAUAUUGAUAUCGUCGUGGGCUGUCGUCACCACCUGAGCGAAACUCCAGCGUGGACAAAGGAGCCGCUCAUUUCAGCAGAACACAGACUUCUGGAAAGCGACGCCUCAAAACACAAACCCCCCAUUGAGAAGCCCACAUCGGCCUUUAACAAUCAACAUAGGCCCACUGAAAAGCAAUCUUUUGUCGGCAAAGAGCCGGAUCUCGUCAGACUAGAAGGCAGUGGACUUUUCUUCACUGUUCCUUCUAUGGAUGUUGCCGAACGUCCCAACCGCCAAGGGUUACUUCGUUGGAGCAUGACUAGCGACAAUAACCUGUUACCUGACGUUGACCACGCCGAAUCUCUCACAUAG